AUGAAACAAAAGAUUGGAAAUGCAUGUGGAACAUUUGCUCUAUUCCAUGCUCUGGCGAAUCUUGAAGGAGUCGUAGAUCUAGGAAACGGAUCGUUCUCCAAUUGGUUGAAAAAAGCGAAAUUACUAUCGAUAGAAGAAAGAUCGGAUUUGCUUCUGCAGAGUGAAGAACUUUCGACUGCUCAUGAAGAAACAGCGAGAGAAGGAGAAACUGAGGAACCUGCGAAUGUGGAGCACCAUUUUAUCUGUUACGUGAAGAAAGACGGUGUUCUUUAUGAAAUAGAUUCCUGUGCACCAUUCCCUCGUCCGUUGGGCAAUCCUUCGGAAGACGAAGCAUUAGUGAGCGCAGCUGGAAAGCAUAUAAAGAAGUUGAUGGAAGACAUUAGUGAUGCCUCAUUUUCGGCAAUGGCCUUGGUUAAGAGUUAA